CUCUGGGCAGCCGAUCGCGCAGGGGACGAGCCCGAACGCGCUGGCCAUGGCCUCCAACUUUAACGACAUAGUCAAGCAAGGCUACGUGAAGAUCCGCAGCAGGAAGCUGGGGAUUUUCAGACGAUGCUGGUUGGUUUUCAAGAAAGCUUCUAGUAAAGGACCCAGAAGGCUAGAAAAAUUUCCAGAUGAAAAGGCAGCCUAUUUCAGAAACUUUCAUAAGGUAACGGAACUGCACAACAUCAAAAAUAUAACCAGACUGCCUCCAGAGACCAAGAAGCAUGCAGUAGCAAUUAUCUUUCAUGAUGAAACGUCAAAGACCUUUGCCUGCGAGUCCGAGCUGGAGGCCGAGGAGUGGUGCAAGCACCUGUGCAUGGAGUGUCUGGGGACGCGGCUGAACGACAUCAGCCUCGGUGAGCCCGACCUCCUGGCGGCCGGAGUGCAGCGGGAGCAGAACGAGAGAUUCAACGUGUAUCUCAUGCCUACACCAAAUCUGGAUAUUUAUGGCGAAUGCACAAUGCAGAUCACUCAUGAGAAUAUCUAUCUCUGGGAUAUCCACAAUGCCAAGGUCAAACUGGUGAUGUGGCCUCUCAGCUCCCUGAGGAGAUAUGGACGGGACUCAACGUGGUUCACCUUUGAGUCAGGAAGAAUGUGUGACACAGGAGAAGGACUAUUCACUUUUCAAACAAGGGAAGGAGAAAUGAUCUAUCAGAAGGUGCAUUCUGCGACACUGGCCAUAGCUGAGCAACAUGAAAGAUUAAUGCUAGAAAUGGAGCAGAAAGCCCGGCUUCAGACAAGCUUGACUGAGCCGAUGACGUUAUCCAAAUCGAUAUCUCUUCCUCGGAGCGCCUACUGGCAUCACAUCACCCGUCAGAACAGUGUUGGAGAAAUCUACAGUUUGCAAGGUCAUGGGUUUGGCUCGUCCAAGAUGGCACGUGCCCAGACGUUCCCCAGCUACGCCUCGGAGCAGAGCGAGGAGACGCAGCAGCCUUUGUCCCGGUCGAGCAGCUACGGGUUCAGCUACAGCUCCAGCCUCAUCCAAUGACACUCAGAGAGCCUGCUGACCAGAGAGACAGUGUCCGGACCUGCUUGGAGGGUCACUGCAUCCUCUGCCUCCUGGAAGACCAGUUUCAGUAACAUUGAAAUGGGCCGGGUGCAGCCCAGUCCCAGUGGAAGUGUAAACACUGGAGUUCUGCUUUCCUUGACUCUGUGGCUAAGUCCUUUAUUUAUUGAAUUUCUUGGGGGGGCGGGGGAAGGGGGGAUCUACGUUUUAUGAAAAUAGAAUCCAAAUUGUCCUUUAAAUAAAAUUCUUGGUUCCAGCAGUAGCAGAAGCCUAGCCUGGGUGGUGGGCAUGACCCCUGUCCCCAUGGCUCAGCCCACCUGCCUGAUGACAGGGCCUGUCCUUUGACAUAAUGUCACCCACCACAAGCUAUGCGGCUUGGAAGGUUUUGAUGGGGACAAAUCCAGCAAGGUCUACUAAUGGCAUCAUAACUCUCCGUAUAAAUCAGUCCGGUGACAAUUAAGGGAACAUGAGAUUUAGAACACACUGUUGCACAGGGCCUUGUAGCUCUACUGUGUGUGUGUGUGUGUGUGUGUGUGUGUGUGUGUGCGCGUGUGUGUGUGCGUGCACGUGCGCAUCUGUAGACAAACAUAGAUAUGGAUAUGACUCUACCCGUCUAUAUCUAACAAGUAUAUAUCAAACGUGUGCUGGGAGUGACAAAACUGUAAUUUGGUGCAUUAAAAUUAAGAUCGUUCUGUUGAAUAGCUAUUUUUAAAAUAGUGCUGUAAAAAAAAAAGGCUUCUUAUUAGCAAAAGUAUUUACGUAGUCAAGUCCGCUCCCAUGACAAGCAUAAAUGGCUCUGUGAGGAGGGACCAGCUGUCCCACAUCAUGUUACCACACUGUCUUUCUGGCUGGUACUCCUUUGUGGUUGACAAUGUUUCUCUCUCUGGCCAUCCCUCUGAGCUCCGUGGAGAGGAUUGGGUGUGAUUGCCUACUGGCUUCCAUUUAACCUCAAGAAAAGAAAGACUCUACAUAAACUGUUUUGCAAGAAAGAGAUAAAAAAUAGAUGUAUAUAUAUAUAUAUAUAUACCUAAAAAGAAUUCAGCUACUUUGCAGUCAGAAGAACCAUGGGCACAGGACUGUAGAUAUCAAUUAUUUAAAAGUUUAUAGAUGUUCUCAAAGAGCCACUGGGCGCCUGUAACGUACUACGCAAGCAGAAUUUGCUAGGCUUUCUUUCUAAUGGACAUGGGUUGGCUGGGAUUAUAAGAGAAAAUGGAUCAACUAUAAGUUUUUUCAUCACUGACAUUAAUGACAAACCUACAAGGUUUCAAGGGAUGUGGUAGCUUCCACGUGAAAUGAAGAAUGUGGCUAAUUUAAUUAGUGUUAACAAAGAUACUUUUGUCCUUAAAUUUGAAGUUCACGCGAGUAAAAAUAAAAAUUAUUCUACCUAGAAGUAUCUGAUGCCACAUGCCUAAAAUGGUCAGCUUGUAAAUUCUCCAAGAGAAGCUUAAAGAAUAGGGAGCCCAGAUCAGGUAAGAGAAAAACUUCAUUUUUCUCUUCUUAAAGGCAAAAUUCUUUAAACUGUUAAAUUUGGUCUUUUAAAGGGGUUCCCGUUUUGCUGAUCUGUAAUAAGACUUUUUAAAAAAUCUCUAUCCAUAACUUGCGUGCCUAUUGACAACUCAUUUCAGAGACUUACUAUUGAGUAGGAACGGUUCUGGGUCCCUCCUAGAUAAAUUUACACCUAGAGCAACUACCUAGCCUCUCUGAAUCUCUCAGCUACGUGUGAAAACCCCAUCAAGAUGCUAAUCAUAAGAGUUAAUGUGGCUGUGAAAAAUAAUUAUCUUAAGCUUUCAGGGAUAAAAAGAAAAUUACUCAAACUCUCUGUGCUGUGAAUUUUGCUGACCCAGCAGAAAAGCAGAUGACUCUUUCCUGCUGCUGAUGACAGAGCCUUCCCUAAAAUCCCAGCUUUUGGGGUUAAGCGCCUCCAAAUCCCUUACCACGUGGCAUUUGCCCCCGAAAUGCUGUUCGUGGAACACACCAGAGCCACUCCCCGCUGAGACCAUUUGAGCACAGCUCCUGGUGAUGCAACAAUCAGAGCAACCUCUCGUCUGCUCACUCGGUCGAGCUGCUGCUUAGAGGCCACAGUCACCAUGUGGCACUUGUGGGCCCUGGGUGUCUCAGUUCCAUUCAUGUGCAGAAGCCCACACAGUGAGUCCAGGGCGGAGUUCUGCGAAUCAGAUGCGUCUGCUCUUGUGUCUCUUUGGUGGGAGACACAACAUCUGCACAAAGUUGCUUCAAGGACACCAUCUGCUUGUGAGCGUCACCACUGAGCUUAACGGAGGAGACACCACGGACCAGGCUAACCUUGGGCCAGUUCCUUCUGAAAAUAAUGUCAUUAAAAGAGUGUGUGAGAGGAAUUCCCUUCCCAAGCCUUUAACCCAAUUUUAUCACAAUGAGAAUAAUGCUUUAAAGUCUCUCCUGGUACAUUUCUGGAGAUGUAUUCUAGCAUCUGUACUCCUCCAUCUAUAUUUAUAAUUGUAGCUAAGUUAAAAUUGCUAAAUGAACAGAUAGGAGAAUUUAUAUUCACCUCCUAUACUUGAUCUAAGGCAGUGUGCAUUGUAAUAAAAGUGGCCAGCAGAUAAAUCUUCUACAAAAGCUAAAGAUGAGAGAAACAUCACUGUACCACCCUCCUGAAACGUCAUAAAGCCAAUUUCAUGGGAGCAAUUAGAAUGGUUGUAGACACGUAUUCGAAUCAUUGAGCUCACAGGUGUUCGACUGAGAGGCCUCUCCACUUUGCAAGUCAUUUUUCUCCCUUCAGAAUUUGUAUUAUAUCUUUCCCAUAAUUGGGGUUGCUAUGGACCAAAGGCAUCCUUUGGCUCCUUCUGAGAGCGACUCUUUUGGGGCUCCAACCAGAUUUAGGCAUGUGAAUGAAAACGGUCACAGUUUCCCCAUCAGGUUGGAAGAAACCAGUGGUGAGAGAACUUGACACAAGUGAUAGAGUCUCUUCUGAGAGCAGAGAAACCCCAGAGGGUCUACACGGUUCAUGGAAAGAUUACACGGGGGUUUAGUUUUUAUGUCCCCAAGUUUUCUUCUGAAAAUAUUAAUUAUUACACCCAUGAACAAUGCCUGACAUUGUAUUUAAAGUGUGGAAAAGUACAAAAUAACCUUUACCCAAUAGUUUACCACGCUGGUGGGGCAGAUGGUGGGGGAACACAUCUUUCACUUAUUCAUUGAAUGAGUAAUAGACACUCAGAACUAAUUUAUUUAUGCAGGUUGCAAAUAUUUACGAAUCAAUAAGUUCUGGCCACUGCCACAAUUUGAACUUAAAGAAAUAAGAGAUAUAUAUUUACUUAUAUACUAGGGAGACGCUGUUUUAUAGAGCACGUGAAAUAAAGUGAAACAUAUUUAUAAAAAGUAAACUUCACUUUUUUCACCAAGUAGUAACUAAAGUACUAAUCCUAGUAUCUUGUACAAUUUUUCUCUGUCUUCACUGGGCAGUUAUGUUUGAAAAUCAUUUAUCACCUGUAAGUGGUCAACCACUAGUACUUUCUGUCCAACAUAGAAACAGUGGACUGAGAAAUAAUGUUACACUGUUAAUAGUUUUUACAGAUCCAAUUUAUUUAUUGCAUGUGGUAUCUUUAAAGUAGAUAUUAAAAAUACAUCAUAAAAGUUGAUGUCUGCCCCUCAUUCUUUGGCCAAUAUCUCAGAAAACUUUUUGUAAAAAAGCAUGAGUACCCUACUCCCUAGAUGAUUUGGGCCACUUCCUAAAAUUAACCAUUAAUGCUAUGUGAAAACAAGCUAAGCAAAUUAUAUUCUUCUGAAAAAUUGCAGUCCAGUUUUGAUGAUUAUAACAGCACAAUAAAUGGGAAAUAUAAAUUCAGUGGGGCUGAGCUUUAGGCCUUUAUCAUGUUAGGUCUUAUCACAAAUAUUAGAAAAACUGCUCAAAGUGAAAAUGAUCCAUUUUUCUCCAAUUCUAUUAACAUAUGUCAAUCAAUAUCUUGCAAUGUCAAAUUACUUUGUCAAUCACUAACUAUACUUGACUAUCCCCCAACCUUGGACUUCUCCAAAUAGAUAAAAAUCAGUCACUAUAUUUGCAUUAAUAAUUAUAAUACUAGGUGAUGUGCCACAUGGAUGAAUUCCUAGCCUAAGAAAUGUGCGGAUACAGUUUCCCAUGGAGCGAGAAGAGAAGGACCAGGACCAAUCCAGAAGGGCAGCAAUUUUGAUAAAAUAAUAAAGACUCCAACGAAAUGUCCAAAGUAACCCUAAGACUUGACUUUCUUAAUGUUCUAACCCCAGACCCCUAUCACAGGCCUGGCCUUCUUUAACUAGCUUCACCCAGUCUGAGCAUGCAAUUGGAAGAAGACAUCAGUUGCACCAUGUUUUGAAAUGACCACAGAAAGACAACACAUAACCACCAAAUAUGUUUCCUUAGGUUUAGUGAAAAUUACUGAACAUGAAAGAAUGUGUAACAAAAUCCCCACGCUGAGAUGUCUCUUCCAUAACUUGAAAAUGGUUUUUGUAUGGUCAACCUCACUGCAGUUUUGAAAUGAAAGUAUGUGAUCCGUGACACUAGCUGGGGGCUAUAUAUGUCUGAAGAGAGCGACCUGUGUACAUUCUCCGUGAAUGUAUUUGAAAGACUAACCCACCUUUUCUCCCUGAAACGACCAUAAAUCUUUACUCUCUUGCUUGAGGAUGUGAGCCAUUGGGUGUAUCAUCUCUAUCAUUAUCACGUGUUGAGGUCGUAGCUGGUUUACAGACUUUCACGGAGGCACCAUGAGAUGUUGGGCACAUUUUCUAGGUGGGCAAGAUGACAGCUGGUUUCUGGGAUCAAUCUUGUAGAAUAAAGGUGCCAGUUUACACUCUACUCAGGAGGAAACCAAAACGCAUGGAUAUUGUCAUUUAUUCAAAGGCAAAGAAACAGUUAGGAAUAGUUUUGCCCAGUUCCCUGCUCCUGGACCAGCCCUGUUUCCUUGUCUCCAUCUUGUCUCCCAUUUAGAUUCAGUGGGAGUUGAGAAAUGCCACAAGGCCUCUAAAUAAAUAGGCUCUGAAACAUUUAAGUGUCUCCUCAAUUUUCCCAGAUGUUCCUAGCCCUUCUUGGACUCAUCACUAGCUGUGUCAAUAGGGAGGUUUUAUGAAGCAGUUCAUUAGACUUGUAGGUCAUGAAUGAUUGGUAUAAAUUCUAGGACUCUUUCAUUGUCACCCAGUUCUUGUUGGAGAUUCAAGCUUAUUUAUUCUAAAGUGAUAGUCAAACUAAAAAAAUAAGUGGUAUAUGUUUUGUAUUCCUACUGAUUCAUCAUAUUGUAAUUGUGAUUAUUAUUUUGGGGAUCUUUAUCACUCUAGCACUUUGGCUUAAUUAUUUAUGGCAUUUGUCACAAUGUUGUUAGAUAAUCACAUGGGGACUGCAUUUUGUUUCAUGUGAACUUCAAAAAUCUUCCAUUUUCAAUUGAAGUUGGAAAAUGACUUUUUUAAUAAUAAAAUAGCUUACGUAUCAAGUUUUUCUUUAUACACUUCAUUAGACAAUUAUUUAAAUUAACUGAAGUCUAGAGAAAUGAGAAAUAAGUCAAAAUUACUAAGUAAUUAUGAAAAUCACGCUUUACUCAUGAUUUUCAUACACUUUUCCCUAGGUUGAGAUUUUAAUAUCUUGUAAACAUUUAAAGAAGAGAAGUACAUUUGUAAUAGAACUAUUACAACUUCCUUCUAAUAAUUCUGUUUAAUAAGUUUGUAUUUUACCUUCUCUUCUAUGCCUAUGACACUGUAUCUCCUAUUCUAAUUUUAAGAACACUGAAUAAAUUUAAAAUUUUUAAUAGGUAUUUGGGGCUAGUUUUAGUGGUUGAUACAACGAACUUUCUCCAUCUGUUCUCUGCUUUAAGGAUGAUUUUACACUUAAAGAGAGCAUAAAACCAGCCCUUUCUGUGGGCACAGAAUCGUGCCUACAGUGGAGAAAGGAACUGCCCUGACCUGGCAGGUGUGUGCAUAUUGGAAUCGCAUUGCUUCCCGAAUUCACUCACCUGAUCCACAACCUCUUAAGACUUGCUUAUUUUGGGGAAUCUGAAAUUUAAAAGCCUAAAUUCAGGAAAAUGAGGUGGAGAUGAUGACUCGAUCAUUUCCAUUCAAAAGUCGCUGCAGAUUUUCUCUCGAAGAAAACAACGUGUGCGGACUUCUGUGGUGUUUCAUUAUCAUCGACUAUUUGACAAAUGGGCUGAAAGGCAGGGAACAUGAGGAAUAAAAUGACAGCCACAUCUUGAUAUUAAAUAUAAAUCAAAAUUAGCAUGAUAUAGGUCGAUAUGAAAUAAUUUGGUUCAUCAAAUUCAAAUUUACACAUCCAUAGCAUAAUUUAAAGAACAAUGCUUAUUCUUAUUCGUGUGUGUGUGUGUGUGUGUGUGUGUGUGUGUGUGUGGGUUUAGUGGGAAGAAGGCUCUAAACUUUUGUGAAGACCUGAAAUGGAGAAUAGAGAUUUUUUCCAGUUAUAAAGCACUCUAUCUUAAUAGCAGGCAGUAUAGAAAUCACAACAACAAAACCUUCGACUCCCUGACAAUAAAUGAGCAUAAAAACCAAUAUCACCUUUACUGCAGAUGACAGAACUCCCAGGACCUGAGGGACCCCUCGUACCUUCUCCACACAGACCUGCACCCACACACAGACACACACGCACAUGUGCACGUGCACACACAUUCACAGGCACUUUUUUUACUUUCGACCUACUUCACAUGUGCCACAUUUGUUAUCUUUUUCCUAGCCCCAUCCAGAAUCAUCCCAUCCUUCCAAAUCCUUAUCCCUGUGAAUCUUCAAAAUAUAUUAAAUUAUGUGUUUUAUGCUUUCUUUCUAUAAAUUCUUUUAGAUUAAUUUAUAUAUACUUUGUGAAGUCUUAUACUGUAAGGGGAUGUCAUUUGUCAUUGAUUAAAUAUAAUGUUUAUGAUUAUUUUGAUAAAAAUAACUUUGGAUGCUUAGGCCCUUGUUAAGAAAUAAACUAUCCAUUACAAACUUGCUUCUAUUGGAAAUUAUGAGUUGACAUACCUUAUUUUUAAUCACAAUUUAUUCCAGAUAAAUAAUAGUUUGGAGCAUCUGUGCUUAAAUACUAGUUGAGCCACCUUUGGAACAGAAUGCAAAGAAAUGGCUGUCCCUGAAACCUAAAUGUGAAUUUCUGGCAGAAUCGGAAAUACUACAAUAAUGAGGCAAUAAUAAAAUUAGGAAAUUAAAUUAUU